UAAUGACCAAUAGAAGACUAAAAUUUUGUGUCUAAUGGUGCAAUCAGAUUAGCGAAUCCCUCUACAGACAAAAAUAGGCAUUUAAGAAGUAGACGACCUCUUACAAUGUUUUUGUAGGUUAAGAAUUCUGUAGCUGUUUAAGUUAACAGCAUGGCAAUAAUUUUCUACUCCAAAAAGUAGAUUUAAUAAGUUAUAUAUUACUUCUUCAGUUAAAAAUAAUUUUUUUAUCGUUAAACACGUCUAUCAAUAUUUAAAAAAUAUUAAAGUAUAUUUGUUGUGCGAAUUUCAAUACACAAAGCAUUAAAUUACCAAAUCACAAAUAGGUUAUUAAUUGAUCAUAAACAAUGGAAAAAAAUUAUCGAUUAUUUGUAAAGUGCUUACCAAAUAAUAUUACAAGUGAUAAACUUCAAAAACUUUUUGAUAAAUAUGGAUCUAUUAGUAAAGUUGACAUCAAGGAAAAAUCUAUGAAUGAUGGAAGUAAAAUUGCUUUUAUUAAUAUUACUUCAACAGAUCGGAAGCUGAAUAAUUGCUAUCAGGAUAUAAAUUCUACUGUUUUAGAGGGUAAAAAUCUCUCAGUGGAAUUAGCAAAAGAAAGUUUUCUUGAGAAACUUAAAAGAGAAAGAGAAGAAGCACAAAAAAAAACUACUGAAAAACCAAAUGGGAAAAUACUUCAAGGUCCUUUGGAGCCAAUUAACAUUAAAAUCCCUGAUAAAUUAAAAAAUAGACAAAAAUCUCUCAUUUCACAAACUACAGAAUUUAGUCAAGAUCAAAACUUACCAGAAUAUACAGUAAAGUGUUCUUCUCAAAUUAAAGAAAUCAAUGCAAAUUCAGAUAUCAUUAAUAAUAGUGAUAAAAAUAAAUACGAAUCAGAAUUGAAAAGAGUUGCUUCUUUAAAGCAACGAAAACAAUCGUUUAAAGCUAAAGAACAAUUAAUCCGGAAUGCCUUGAAAACUGUGGACAGUAAAAAAAAUAAAAUUGUUUUUUCUGAUGAUGUUGAGAACUCUGUAAAUAAUUUAUCGCAUCAAAAAAAACCAUCGAAUCAUCCACAGCUAUUUGAUGACGAUAACGAUGAUGAUAAUGAACACAAUGAAAUUACUUUCGAUUUUAAUAAGAAAUACAAGCCUCAAGCACAAUCGAUUGGAAAUGAUAGUCGAUUUAUUAUGGAUGACAGAUUUAACGAGGACGAAGAGGAGGAUUGUCAAAAUGAAAACGAUGAAUCAAAUACAGAAAAUCUAGAGAAAGAUGAGUUAACUAAAGAAAAAGAACAAGAAUUGAAAAUUUUAGAAAAUGUGCUAGGAAAACCUAUGAUUCAAAGAGAUGAUAAAAAUAUUCCUCCAAGAAGAACAAAUGCUAUGAUUCGUUAUGAUCCUACAAAAGAUGAUCAUCGUAAGCAUGAAAUAAAAUUCGAAGAAAAAAUAUCUGAGCCGAAGAAGAAAAAGAAGAAGAAAGCGAUAAUCGAAGAAACAGAACAACCUAUUCCAGUGUCCAAUGAAGUAUUUUACUCGGUCUCAGAUAAUCUUAAAGAAAGUUUAACUAAAAAAGAAGAAGGAUUUAGUUUAUUAAAGACUUUUGGUGCUACUGACAUUCCAGAGAAUAAAAAUAAUAACGAUUCUGCUGAGGCUAUUUUACAUCAAUCAUCUAAAUUAGGUGCUAAUUUUGAUAUAAAAAACCCAUUCAGAUAUGAUUCAUCUGAGUCAGAAGAUGAAGAUUUUUCUGAAAAUACUAAUACUCGAAAUGAUUCGAAAGAAAAUGGAUUGAGUAAUAAUUCAUCAUCAUAUUAUAUUGAUAAAUUUUUCUUAAUUGAUGAUGAUCCUAGAUUCAAAGACGCAGAGGAUUUUUUCGGAACAUGUUCUACAUCCGAAACGCCUUUCAACGAGUUGAGACGUGAAUUAAAAAAUAUUGUUCGUUCAAAGGUACGGAAUAAUGUUCGAAAAACUUUACCUUGGAAGAAAAAAAUAUCAAGUGUAAAACGUGUGACAAAAAGACGUAAAUAGUUUAAAUAAUUUUUAAAAAGAAUAUAAAUAUGUUUUUUUAUUAAAAAAAAAAUGUUGAU